CGCCUUCUCCUCCUUUGUCUCCGGUGCGUAAGAAGCGUGCGUCAGUCGGGACUCGAGCGUUUCCCCUCAAAGCUCCCUUUUCGAGUUUUAUCUGUCGACCAGAGCAGCCGAAACAAUAACUUCUCUUUAUCGAACACAAAACACCAGGAAUAGUUUGAGUGCUUGCUACGAUGGAUUCGCGGAUUUUACUCCCUGCUCUCCUGCUCGUCUUCGGGUUGGCUACAGUUUUGGCUCAGACUGCCGCACCUGGAAUAGCGUGUGAGACAAAGAACGGGACGAGCUGUGAUGAGUGUUUGAAGAAUGUGACGUGCUUGUGGUGUAUCAAAACAAGGUCAUGUGUCACUUAUCCAGUGAGGACGAUCCUUCCUCCGCAUGCUCUCUGUCCACUGAGUGAAGCUCGCUGGGGGCUCUGCUGGAUGAACUUCCAGGCUUUGAUAAUCACCUUGGCAGUGAUCGGUGGAAUCAUCAUCAUCGCCUUCCUCAUCUGCCUGUUCUGCUGCUGCAAGUGUGAGAACGCCGGAUCCAAAAGGUUCGAGGACAAGAUGCAGAGGCAGGCCAAUAAGACGAAAACCAAGCAGGAAGAGAGGAAAUCAGAGAUGAAACAGAGACACGAGGAAAUCAGGAAGAAAUAUGGUCUAAGUGGGCAGAAUCAAUACUCCAAAUUUGCAUGAGAGGAUCGGUGACCUGAGAUUUUUAUGGUAACUCUUUCGCUCUCCUGACAACCUGUCUCCAGUUCAGUGUACCCGACCUCUGAGGAUUACUGCAAUACUAGAACAAGUGAAAGUAGUUUUGUACAGUGUUUGGCUUUAUCCAGCUAAUGAAAAUGAAUGUUAUGUUCAAUGUGAUGAUCCAAGAAGAUGUAAAUAAAGGCUAGAAUGAACGCAUGUAGCAGCAGUGUUAUGUCAGAACUCAAUCUAUCCUGUGGCUCCUACAGCAUCAAAUAUUUAUUUUAACCAGUCUAAUGUUUUCUUGUGUAGGAGAGAGACUCCACUUUGGUGAAAGAAAUAUUCUUAAAUCUCCAAAUUUCUAGAUUAUUUUUUCCUCCUGACAUGCUACUGAUUAUGAGAUGAAGCUGGAAAACUAUAUAUAUUUUUUUUUAUUCCACUUAAAGGAAUGAUUUUAUGGGCUACCUGGGAGUAAAUAAUUUCCUCACAGCUUCAGUCUAAAGUCAUGAUUUAAUAUUUAGUCUGCCUAUUCUACGUUUGCCUGUUUUUCAUGUGAGGAUACGUCCGCCUAAUACGAGACGUUUGACUUCUAAAUACCUAUUCAGUGGAGUUGGUCUUUUGUUUAUAUUCUGCAUUAAAGUUUCAUGACAAAUAAAAUGAAUUGAUUUAAAACGUAA